GCUUACAAAGUUCUCGCUCGAGGCGAAGGGGUUGGUUCGAGCGUUAUUUCCCUCCGUCGACCGACUCAAGAGUCUCGAGGUUUGGGAACUUCUGACGGCACAAACACAGAACUUUCAUACCCCUUUCAGCUCCUGCCUGCGAGCAAGCUGUCAGCUCGAGGGGAGCUGUGACAGUUGCUCUUCUGGGUCUGUGCCCGGAGCGUGCAAGUGGCGUAGACGGCCCUGACUGCGCAAUCCGCAACCUGAAUAAUAUCCUCAUGGGAUUGCUGCGUCCGGUCCCAUUCUCGUUUUCAGCAAGAUGAGAAUUUCCUGGAAGCUGUUGUCACACAUUCAUCACAGGUCGUGAAUGUUCCCGAUAAAGCAGCGCUGUGCAGUAAAAGGAGGCGGUUGAUGGAUGAGAGGUGAAAUUUCUGCGAGCAUCUCGAGCACAAAUGAGAAACUUGUUCGCUUGCCGCGAGGGUACGCGCCUCAUCGUUGGCUGCAAGGAUCGAGCGAUUAUACUUAGGGCUGACGACUUAAUCGACGAAUGCUGUCACACGUUGAGUACGUUCGGUUUUCCCUCCUGGAGCAAAGAACUUCAUUCUGACCUCUUCAUUAAUGAUGACGUGCUGUUGAUCGAUCCCUCCAUGAUGAAACGGCAUGUUCUGAGUUUCACCAGGUGCUGUUUAGAAGCCUCCGACAGCCACAAUCGAUCCUCGUCGUAAUUAAUGAAGGUCCUUGUGCAGGUCCUCACUCGCAGUCAAGUCGCAAAACCUCACAUUACUGUAGACGUUUAGAAUGAAGGUCAGCGAGCUGCUUCUCUCUAUGGAGCUGCUUCUCUCUGCAUUAUUAAGCCUACAAGGGGAACGAAGGAAUUGACCAGAUGAAGAAGUUUCUUCGAACUUUGUGUGAAUCUUCAGUGAAGAUUCACGAAAAAUGCCUGAUGAUCAGGCCUCCUUAAUUUCGGGAUCUCCCAAAAUCACCGAAAAUAAAGUAUUUUCGGGAUCAUUUCAAAGUUAUUUUUGAGAAAUUCGGGAAAGGGGAAACUAUGGGAAAUAAAGCUUUAUUUUUUAUUGGAUAGAGCCUGCGGA